CUCUCUGUAACGCAAACUGAAACAUGGUUAUGAUAAUGAGAAGCCUCAAGGCAUGGUGGUAGUAGGAGCCAUUUUAAUCAUUCACGCGGACGCAGUGGAGGUGACGCGUUUUGGAUAGCGAGAAGCUUUGGCAAGGUGACUACGGUGUCUCACAAUUCUACUGGAUUAGCUGCUGUGGAGUAGUGAAAGCAUGGAUACUCUCCAACAAAAGACUAUGACUACACGCACAGUUUAAGUGAAGGCGGCAGUAAUUCCGUUCAACCCUUUUUGAACAUUAUCGAGGAGCAAUGCCCGUCAUCAAGUGGGAUUUGUUGUUUGUUAUUUUUGUCUGGUUUGAACUAAUUCUACUUUCGGAUUGCUACAAUAUACACAUCAGUGAGGAUGCAGUGCCGGGCACGGUGAUCGCAAGUGUGGAAAAGAGCAGGGCAUGUACUUUGGAUCAGGUAAUCACACCUCAAUCCUCAAAUACCUUUAUUAAAACUGAUUCGUUCGGGCGCAUUGUGUUCCUCUCUGGUAGUUUAAAUUGUGCCUUGCUCCACUCAAACCCUUUCACUGUGUACACUAUUGUGGACUGCACGGACAAUGACCGUGGGUCAAGGCACCUCCUCACGAGCCAAUACGAUGUGCAUGUUCACGGAAGGAACUGUGCUAAGAAACACAAAAGGAAAUCUCAGUGGGACUUGGAGAUCAUCAGUUUGUUUAAUUCCCAUAAUCAUCCGUUAGAAUGCCACAAUGCUGGUACUGCUCUCCUCCGGGUAUGGGAUCUACUACCCAGCUUCCCAAAAAGCAGCAAUAUGCAGUGCAAGGUGUCUAGGAGCUCGGAGUUAUACUUUUCUGAUGGGCAAUUGUUUGUGUCCAAGAUGCUGUGUUUGAAGCACCACCCACUUCUUGAACUAGACUUACACUGUAACCAGUAUGUUGCAAAUGAGAGAAAAGUUAACAGCAUCUCAGUUCAUUGGCGGCUGGGUCAAGGCUCUUUCAAACAAGGCCACUUGGAGAAGUUACUAAAGCAGGCUGCCCAGUCUGAGUCAGGCAUAGUGAGCCGGCGGAAGAGGGCCGUUAACAGUAGUCCUCAGUUUCAGCCACCUAUGUACCAAGUGGCCGUGUCAGAGAAUAAGCCAGCUGGAACUCCUGUAGUUGUUCUGAAGGCAGUAGAUGCAGAUGAGGGGGAGGCAGGCAGGCUAGAGUACUUUGUAGAGGCCUUGUUUGAUAGCCGAUCCAAUAACCUAUUUGCUGUGGACCCAGUCAGUGGAGCUGUCUCUACUGUGGAGAUGCUUGACAGAGAGCAGAAAGAUACCCAUGUGUUCCGCGUUACCGCGGUUGACCACGGCACGCCCCGCCGUACGGGCAUGGCCACCCUCACCAUCACGGUGAGCGACACCAAUGACCAUGACCCAGUCUUUGAGCAACAGGAUUAUAAGGAGAGUGUCCGGGAGAACCUAGAGAUAGGCUAUGAGGUGCUAACAGUCAGGGCUACGGAUGGGGACGCCCCGGUAAAUGGUAACAUCCUCUACCACAUCCUGAACAGCAUUGGCUCCAACAACGUGUUUGAAAUUGACCCCAGGUCAGGGGUUAUCCGCACCAAGGGCCCAGUGGAUAGAGAGAUAGUGGAGGCCUACAUGCUGUUGGUUGAGGCUAAUGACCAGGGUCGCGACCCUGGGCCCCGCAGUGCUACUGCAACUGUUCACAUUAUUGUAGAGGAUGACAACGAUAACGCGCCCCAGUUUAGCGAAAAGAGAUACGUGGUGCAGGUUCCGGAGGAUAUGGCGCCCAACACUGAGAUCCUGCAGGUGACGGCCACAGACCAGGACAAAGGAAGUAAUGCCGUUGUUCAUUUCAGCAUCAUGAGUGGCAACACCCGGGGUCAGUUUUACAUUGAUGCCCAGACGGGUAAGAUGGACCUGGUUAGUCAGCUGGACUAUGAGGCUAAUAAGGAGUACACCAUACGCAUCCGCGCCCAGGACGGAGGACGCCCCCCACUCUCCAACAUCAGUGGCCUGGUAACGGUGCAGGUGCUGGAUGUCAAUGAUAAUGCUCCAAUUUUCGUCAGCACCCCUUUUCAGGCCACUGUGCUAGAGAACGUGCCAGUGGGCUACUCCAUCAUUCAUAUCCAGGCUGUCGAUGCAGACUCUGGCGAUAACUCCAGACUGGAGUACCGGCUCGUUGAAACCACACCCAACUUCCCGUUCUCCAUCAACAACAGCACUGGUUGGAUAGUGGUUGCGGCUGAGCUGGACCGGGAGAGCGUGGACUUCUACAACUUCGGGGUGGAGGCUCGUGAUCACGGCCACCCGAUGAUGUCCUCCUCGGCCAGCGUUAGCAUGACCAUCCUCGACGUCAACGACAACAACCCAGAAUUCACCCAGAGGUCAUACUACAGGCGUCUCAACGAGGACGCCGUCGUUGGAAUGAGCGUGGUGACUGUGUCCGCUGUGGACCAGGAUAUCAACAGUGUGGUGACGUACCAGAUAUCCAGUGGAAACACCAGGAACAGGUUUUCCAUCACCAGCCAGAGUGGAGGGGGCCUCAUCACCCUGGCUUUGCCCCUUGACUACAAGCUGGAGCGCCAGUACGUCCUGAGUGUCACUGCGUCUGACGGCACGCGCUUCGACACGGCCAAGGUGUUUGUCAACGUUACUGACGCCAACACCCACCGGCCAGUGUUCCAGAGCUCCCACUACACUGUCAACAUCAAUGAGGACAGGCCUGUGGGCACCACCGCUGUGGUGAUCAGUGCUACGGAUGAGGACACGGGGGAGAACGCCCGUAUAACCUACUUCAUGGAUGACAGCAUCCCCCAGUUUGACAUUGACUCAGACACAGGUGCUGUCACCACGCAGAUGGAGCUGGACUAUGAGGACCAAGUUUCCUACACGUUAGCCAUCACCGCCCGGGACAAUGGCAUCCCACAGAAGUCUGACACCACCUAUCUUGAGAUCCUGGUGAAUGAUGUGAAUGAUAACUCUCCUCGGUUCCUUCGAGACCACUACUUAGGAUCGGUGAUGGAGGAUGUGCCGGUAUUUACGAGUGUAGUCCAGGUUUCUGCCACCGACCGCGACUCGGGCCUCAAUGGACGAGUCUUCUACACAUUCCAGGGUGGAGAAGACGGCGAUGGAGACUUUAUAAUUGAGUCCACCUCUGGUAUUGUGCGAACGCUGCGUCGACUGGAUCGUGAGAACAUGCCCCUCUACACCCUUCAGGCCUUUGCUGUUGAUAAAGGUGUUCCGGCACUCAAGACAUCUGUGGACAUCCAGGUGACUAUCUUGGAUGUGAACGACAAUCCUCCCGUUUUUGAGAAGGAUGAGUUUGACAUUUUUGUGGAGGAGAACAGUCCGAUCGGUCUGGUGGUGGCGCAUAUAUCUGCCUCGGACCCAGACGAGGGGAGCAACGCUCAGAUCAUGUACCAGAUAGUUGAGGGAAACAUUCCAGAGGUUUUCCAGCUGGACAUCUUCUCAGGAGAACUAACCGCUCUGACAGAUCUUGACUACGAGACGCGGUCAGAGUAUAUCAUAGUGGUCCAGGCGACAUCCGCUCCAUUGGUCAGCCGUGCCACUGUGCACAUAAAGCUGGUCGACAAGAACGACAACGUACCAGUGUUGAAAAACUUCCAGAUCAUCUUUAAUAACUAUGUCACUGAAAAGUCCAAUAGCUUCCCUACAGGGGUGAUUGGACGGAUCCCUGCCCAUGACCCAGACACCUCAGACCAGCUCCAGUACAGCUUUGAGGCUGGUAAUGAGCUGAACCUGGUCAUCCUGAACCAGAGCACUGGGGAGAUCCGGCUUAGCCAGGCCUUGGACAACAACCGACCCCUGGAGGCCUCCAUGAGGAUAUCCGUCUCAGAUGGGAUCCACACUGUGUCAGCCCAGUGUCUGCUCCAGGUCACCAUCAUCACAGACGAGAUGCUCUCCAACAGCAUUACGCUGCGAUUGGCCAACACCUCCCAGGAACACUUCCUGUCGCUGCUAUUGGCCCAGUUCCUGGAGGGAGUGGCCCGCGUGCUGUCAGCUGACCGCGAGGACGUCGUAGUGUUCAACAUCCAGGACGACACUGACGUCAGCGCCCGCAUCCUCAACGUCAGCCUGUCUGUCGCCGUGCCCACACCGGGGGAGGGCCCGCGCGGGGGAGGAGCCGGUCCCCGUGGGGGCGGCAGAGGGGCCGUAGGGGCCAGUGGUGGGGCGGAGUUCUUUGGCUCUGAGGAGCUACAGGAGAGGUUGUACCUGAACCGCAGUCUGCUGGCCCGCAUCUCCUCCCAGCAGGUCCUGCCCUUCGAUGACAACAUCUGCCUGAGAGAGCCCUGUGAGAACUACAUGAAGUGUGUGUCCGUGUUGAAGUUUGACAGCCUGGCGCCCUUCGUGGCGUCCGACACCAUUUUGUUCCGGCCCAUCCAUCCCAUCGCAGGGCUGCGCUGCCGCUGCCCCACCGGCUUCACGGGAGACUACUGCGAGACGGAGAUUGACCUGUGCUACUCCAAACCCUGUGGGGCCAAUGGCCUGUGUCGCAGCAGAGAGGGAGGUUACACCUGCGAGUGCCUCAGUGACUAUACCGGCCGGCGGUGUGAGCUGUCGUCCCGCUCCGGGCGUUGUGCCCCAGGUGUGUGUAAGAACGCAGGCACCUGUGUGAACCUGCUAGUGGGAGGGUUCAAAUGUGAGUGCCCGUCUGGUGGCUAUGAGAAACCCUACUGUGAGAUGACCACCAGGAACUUCCCUCCGCAGUCCUUUCUCACCUUCAAGGGCCUCCGGCAGCGCUUUCACUUCACGCUUUCCCUCUCAUUUGCCACAAAGGAGCCAAAUGGUUUGUUACUCUACAAUGGACGCUUCAACGAGAAACAUGACUUCAUCGCCAUGGAGAUCAUUAACGAGCAAAUCCAGCUCACCUUCUCUGCAGGUGAGACCAAGACGACUGUGUCGCCCUACAUCCUUGGAGGUGUCAGUGAUGGCCAGUGGCAUGUGGUUCAAGUUCACUACUACAAUAAGCCAAUUCUUAACCAAGCCGGCCUCCCCCAGGGUCCGUCUGACCUGAAGGUCGUCGUAGUAACCGUGGACAACUGUGACACCUCAGUGGCACUGCGAUUUGGUCAUCUGAUCGGAAACUACACUUGCUCCGCCCAGGGCAGCCAAACUGGAUCCAAAAAAUCUCUGGACCUGACUGGUCCUCUCCUACUGGGGGGCGUGCCCAAACUGCCCGAGGACUUCCCGGUACAGAACCGCCAGUUUGUGGGCUGCUUGAAGGACCUGAGGAUUGACAACCGCCACGUUGAUAUGGCAAGCUUCAUUGCUAACAAUGGCACCAUACCAGGAUGCUCUGCUAAACGGCACUUCUGCAACAACAACCCAUGUCUGAAUGGAGGGACCUGUGUCAAUCUUUGGGGCUCGUUUAGCUGUGACUGCCCCCUAGGUUUUGGAGGCCAGAACUGCGAGAAGGUGAUGUCCAACCCACAGCGUUUCCUGGGUAACAGCCUAUUGCAGUGGACUAACCUGGCAGCGGUGGUGAAAGUUCCCUGGCAUUUAGAGCUCAUGUUCCGCACACGCCAGCCUAGUGCCAUCCUGCUGCACAUCAACGCAGCGCAGCAUCACAACCUCACUCUGCAGCUGCGUGGGGGCAGUGUGGUGAUGUCUCUGCAGAGAGGGGAGGACUCCACCCUGUCCCGUGUGGAGGAGGUAACGGUGAAUGACGGGGACUGGCACCAUCUACUGCUGGAGCUGCGGGAUGUCACUGGUGGCUCGCCACGUCACAUGGCUGUGCUGUCCUUCGACCACGGCCUCUACACGGCCAGCAUGGAGGUGGACAACAAACUGAAGGGGGCGAAGGUCAAGGCACUGAGUGUUGGUGGGAUUGUCGGGGCUGAUGGGAAAAUCCAGCAAGGCUUCCGUGGCUGUGUCCAGGGUCUGCGUGUGGGAGAGACCUCCUCCGGCUCUGUGUCUCUCAGCCUGGCCCAGGCCAGGAGGGUCAAUGUCGAGGAGGGCUGCAGCGUCCCAGACCCCUGCGUGUCCAGUCCCUGCCCCCCCAACAGCUACUGCAGCGACGACUGGGACGGCCACUCCUGUACCUGUCUCACCGGUUACUAUGGUGAUAACUGCACAGAUGCAUGUGUGUUGAAUCCCUGUGAGCACCAAUCAGCUUGCUCCAGGAAGUCUAGCUCCUCCCGCGGCUACACCUGCGACUGUCCAGGCAACCACUUCGGGCAGUACUGUGAGAAGAAGACCGACCUGCCGUGUCCCAGGGGUUGGUGGGGACACAAGACAUGUGGUCCCUGUGGCUGUGAGACGGACAAGGGCUUCGACUCCGACUGCAACAAGACCAGCGGCGAGUGUCGGUGCAAGGAUAACCACUACCGCCCAGAGGGCAGCGAGGUCUGUCUGAUGUGUGACUGUUACCCGGUGGGCUCGUUCUCGCGGACGUGUGACCGGGACAGUGGUCAGUGCCAGUGUAAGCCUGGUGUCAUCGGGCGCCAGUGUGACCGCUGUGACAACCCCUUCGCUGAGGUGUCACCCAGUGGCUGUGAAGUGAUCUAUGACAGUUGUCCUCAGGCGAUAAAGGCAGGGAUCUGGUGGCCCAGGACUAAGUUUGGUUUACCUGCCGCUAUCCCCUGUCCCAAGGGGUCCCUUGGCACAGCUAUCCGGCACUGUGAUGAACACAAGGGAUGGCUUCCCCCCAACCUCUUCAACUGCACCUCUGUCUCCUUCACCAAACUCAAGGCCUUGUCGGAGAAGUUGGCCCGUAACAUGUCUCUCUUGGACUCUGGCCGGGUCCAGCAGACGGCAGCCAUGUUGGCCAAUGCCACGCUUCACACAGGGGAAUACUAUGGCAGUGACGUGAAGGUGGCCUACCGCCUCACCCAGAGCCUCCUUCAGUAUGAGAGCAACCAGCAGGGCUUCAACCUGACAGCCACGCAGGAUGUCCACUUUACUGAGAACCUGGUGUGUGUAGGCAGUGCCAUCCUUUCCCCGGUCACAAGGCCACACUGGGAGCUGAUCCAGCAGACGGAGGGGGGCACGGCCGCCCUGCUGCGUCAGUAUGAGGAAUAUGCCAACACCUUGGCACAGAACAUGAGAAAGACCUACCUUAGCCCCUUCACCAUCGUCACCCCGCACAUAGUCAUCUCAGUCGAUCGCCUCCAGAAGAUGAACUUUCCCGGCGCCAAGCUCCCUCGCUACCAGUCUCUCCGAGGGCUGAGACCUCAGGACCAGGAGACGGCUGUCACCCUCCCUGACACCGUCUUCGAGCUGCCUGUGGAGAACAAAGGCAACCGCCAUCUGGACGCCUUCCCAGAAGCCUCUCUGAGGAACCACACGUCCAACAGAAAGAGACGGCAUCGAGGUUCUGACACACCCGAGGAGGAAGCCAUCGCUAGUGUGAUAAUCUUUCACAGCCUGGCCUCACUGCUGCCUGAGAGCUAUGACCCCGAUAAGAGGAGUCUAAGGGUUCCCAAGCGUCCGGUCAUCAACACACCGGUCGUCAGCAUUACAGUCCAUGACAACGAGGAGCUGCUGCAACACACUCUGGACAAACCAAUCACGGUGCAGUUCCGCCUGGUCACCUCUGAGGAGCGCUCUAAACCCAUUUGUGUGUUCUGGAACCACUCAUUACUGGCAGGGAACGGAGGCUGGUCUGCGAAAGGCUGUGAGGUGGUGUUCAGGAACAACACUCACAUCAGCUGCCAGUGUUAUCAUAUGACCAGCUUUGCUGUGUUAAUGGACAUCUCCAGGAGGGAGAACGGGGAGAUCCUGCCCGUGAAGCUGGUGACAUGGAGCACGGUGGGCGUGACCCUGGGAUUUCUGCUGCUCACCACCCUCUUCCUGCUCUGCCUGAGGGCCAUGCACUGCAACAAGACCAGCAUCAUCAGCAACGGAGCCACCGCCCUCUUCUUCUCCCAACUCCUCUUCAUCCUGGGCAUUAACCAGGCAGAUAAUCCGUUUGUGUGCACAAUAAUUGCCAUCCUGCUGCAUUUCUUCUAUCUGUGCACCUUCUCUUGGCUCUUCCUGGAAGGCCUCCAUGUCUACCGCAUGCUGAGUGAAAUACGAGACAUCAACUACGGACCCAUGCGCUUCUACUACAUGAUUGGCUGGGGCGUGCCGGCCUUUAUCACAGGCCUUGCCGUCGGGCUGGACCCUGAAGGUUAUGGGAACCCAGACUUCUGCUGGCUGUCCAUGUACGACACUCUCAUCUGGAGCCUGGCAGGACCCAUCACUGUGGUCGUGCUGAUGAACAUCUUCCUAUACAUCCUGGCCUCCAGAGCAUCAUGCUCUCUGAAACACCAUAGCUUUGAGAAGAAAGAGGUCCCUGUAUCCGGGUUGAGGACAGCAUGUGGGGUUCUUUUCCUGGUCACCAUCACAUGCCUGUUUGCUGUACUCUCAGUUAACAGUGACAUGAUCAUCUUCCACUACUUGUUUGCUGGGUUCAGUUGUCUACAGGGUCCCUUCAUCUUCUUCUUCCGCAUUGUCUUCAGCAAAGAGGCAAGGAACGCCAUGCGCUACUGCUGCAGCCGCAAACGUCCAGAUCCCAUGGUCAAGUCCAAGGCCUUGGCCUAUAACUGUAACACCAGCUAUACGGACGGCAGACUGUACCACCUGCCAUUCGGAGACUCCAGUGUGUCUCUGAAUGGCACCAUACAGAGCGGCAAGAGCCAGCAAAGCUACGUCCCCUUUGUUCUCAGGGAUGAUGGGGGGCUCAAUAACAGCCAAGCACACAUUUCUCUAAACGAGCAUGGCUCCCUCUUCCAUGAAACUAAAGAGCGUUUGGAUGAUCGUGACUCAGACUCAGACAGUGACCUGUCUCUGGAGGACGACCAGAGCGGAUCGUAUGCCUCCACCCACUCCUCUGACAGCGAGGAAGAGGGGCCCUACCCACCAGAGGAAUGCUGGGAAAGCAUGGCCUCCGACGUGUCCAAAAGACCACACCCUCACGAUAACAAUCUCAGUAAGCUGUACUGGCCGGGGGACUACGUGACCACAGCCGGUGACACUGAGGGCCAGGGAGGAGCAGACAGGCUGAUGGUGGAGGGCUUGGAGCUGGGCCAGACCCGGGAGAACCGGGGCCUGCCAGAUGAGCGGCCCGGGGACCAGGCCGAGGGUUACGGGAGGGACGGCGUGAUGAUGAUGCUGCUGCCCAGUCUCCCCAACCUCAGCGCACACCCACAGAAAGGAAUCCUGAAGAAGAAGCAGCUCUCCCCCAUCGCGGAGAGAAACGGCAUCAACCGGAUCCAUAACCAGCUUUCGGAGAAUGCCCCUGGUCACGCCUCCUCCCAGGGCUCGUCGUCCAGUGAGAGUCGAAGGGGCGGGGCCAAACCCAGCCUGUCAGAUCAGCUCAAUGGUGUGGCCAUGAGCAUCAAGGCGGGGACAGUGGAUGGUGACUCGUCAGGAUCAGAAUUCUUAUUCUUUAAUUUUAUUCACUGAAGUACUUGAUCCUAAUUUAACAUCAGGAUCACUGUCUUCAAAUCGAUGGCUCAUUCAGCAUCCUUCACCCCUGACAACCAAAAUAAGACUCAUAUCAUUAUCACCACACACACUGUGUGUGAGAGUGAGUGAGUGCUUGUGUGUGUGUCAUUUCCAUUCAUUGUUUUCCAUUCCUUUUGUCCUCCUCCAUCCCCAUCCCCUUGUUUUCCCAGCAGCCACUUAUACAACUCCAUAAGACCCAGCUGAUGAAGGGGUAUGUCUUUGCAGGUCAUAGAGCAUCGCCCCUCAUUACCACGCCCACUUUUCUCUGAUUGACAGGAGCUGAGGAGACAAAGAGAGUGAUAGACUGUCCUCACCUUGAGAAACAUGGGGUACCCUCUGUUGUGUGACGCAUGCGUGGCAAUUAACGUGUAUGUGCUUAUGUGGGAAUUAAUGUGUGUGUUUGUGUGUGCUUACAUGAGAAUGUGUGUGUGUGUGUGUGUAUGUGUGUGUGUGUGUGUGUGCCAAACCUCAGGAGUCUCUGCACUGACCCAGGCUCAAGCGCACUGAUUGAAUGAGUCUCUUUUUUAUAAAAAAAAAAUAUCAUUGUUGUUUGUUUACAUACUUGAAGCGAUGCACUUUUUUUUUAUCAUUUACACUGUCUGGCCAGAUGAUAUCAACUGGAGCUGAUGUUCAGUUUUAUGUUUUUUUUUUUUAUUGUAUAUUUGUUUUUCUGUUUCAAAUUCCGGAGAUACAGAACAAAGAAGUUCUCCUUUGAUUGGGUCAGUUAGCUGUAAGCUUUUAAAUGUUCAGGGAAUUUCCUCAUCAAGCUAAACUAAUUUGUAAUCUCAGAAAGGGUCUGUAUGGUUACGGUUGUUGUUUUGUUUGAGGAUUUAGUUUGACUUUUGCUGUAGAGGGGACUGACUGUUCACCAUUUUUUGCUGUAGAGGGGACUGACCAUUCAUUAGUCUUUUGCUGUAGAGGGGACUGACCAUUCACCAGUCUGAGGAAGCUGCCGACAUGAUUUGGGGACUGGAAGAGCUGUCAGUCUAACAUGUCCCCAGACUUAACAGAGAGAUGAACUGCUCCAUCCUGCUAAGGCCAGUUCACUACACUGCGCUCUGGACUGGAAAGGACUUCUGUUAAACUUGUGCCUGGAGAACUGAGUUGAUGACAGUAAGAGUCCAUGCCCUGUAAUUUAUGCUCUCAGUAAAUGGUUUAUCUCACUACGGAAGGAUGUUUAUCAAGGCAACAGCCACCAACCAGCUGUCAUACACAGACAUUACAGUGAGAAUGAAUGCCUGCCUUUAUUCAACACUUCGCCUUGGUUUCAUUCCAUCAUCAUUGAAGCAAAAGAGACUGCAUGUCAAGACUUUUGAUACAUCUUGACUUUUGUAAAUUUUUGGGAGCAAAUUUUUGUAUGGACAUUAAAAAUGCUCAUAUUUUACACGAUUUUUGUCCAAGGGAUAUAUGCCUUCAUUUAAAUCAGAGACUAAACAACUUUGUAUUUCAUAGAAUAGAUAUGAAGGAUCUGUUAUUUUCUAAAAUACUUACUGAAAUACUUGCAAAUGUGCUGUUAUACUCAAUGUUUUCCCAAUUUACUGUACAGUUGUCUGUUAAAAGAAAUACACUAAUACUUUAUACAACAUAUCUUCAUGUGCAUGAACUGUGUACACACUGUAAGGUCAGUCCUCUGAUAGACUGUACACACUACAUUACCACUAAUACAAAACAGUUCAGGCAAUUUAUUGACAUGUAGGAAAGAGAACAACUUGUUAUGUUUAGAUGUACACAUUUAAACUGUAGAUAACAUUUCUGUCUGCCUAAAAAUGUCUUAUUACCACUGCUUACAUUAGUCUGCAAACACUGACACGCAGCCUGCAUCUGAAUAUGUUUUUCAUUGGAAGAUUUAGUAACAGUUUAUAGUUCCUGAAAGGAGUGUUUGUUUGCACUGGUGCUCCUUAAAAUGAAAUCAGCUGAAA